UUCUUUCUUUCUUUGAGGUGCUUUAGUCACUUUUGUAAACUUAAAUCAUGAGUAUCCAUUGCCUCCAAAAUGUAGGAAUUCACGCGGGUUUUGUGCAACAUGUCUGGCGUUGAAAGGCAGAAACAGCCGCCAACCACGGCAUCUGCACCUUUUCCCCGUGUCCCAUUUAGUAUCAUCUUCUCCGAUUUCAUGCCCACCGCCACCGCCACCAUCUGGCUUCCGGUUUGUGCACCUUUUUUCCUUCCCAAUACUCGCUGUGGGCCCUGUCCAUCUCUUUCUUCCUUUGCCAGCAUUUUCUGCUGGAGAUGAAUCAAGAGCCAGUCAUUCUCCUCAACGUUGCUCUUUGAGGUUGAUGAAGAAGAAAUUUAUUGGGGCAGCCAGAAGCAUGGUGGGGACUCAGGGUGGUCAGAUAAUUCUGCUCACGUGAUAUCACAUCUAGCCCAGUGUUUUAUAACUUUCAUUUUAUUGGACUGGAGGGAGUAGUUCACAACUUCACAUGAACUUGAAAAGCUGUGGGUAUCUUUCAAUACGGUGCAGCUUGAAAUAGUGGAACUAAUGCUAUGGCUGGACCACGAACAUGGAUUGGAGGAAUUCUCAGCCGCUCAAGCAAUAAACGGUAUGGAAGUGACAAACUUAUCGACUAUACUCUGACCCCUGAACAGGAGGAGAGACUUCACAAGCUACAAGAAAGAUUAGGAGUACCUUUUGACGAGUUUCGGCCUGAUCAUCGAGAAGCACUUUUAUCUUUAUGGAAUUUGUCAUUUCCAGACGUUAAGCUCAAAGGACUGAUCUCUGAGCAAUGGAAGGAUAUGGGUUGGCAAGGAUCUAACCCAUCAACUGAUUUCAGGUUACUUUUGAAGCAAGUUGGAGACCGCGCAACAUGGGAGUACCCAUUUGCAGUUGCUGGGAUUAAUGUUUCAUUUAUGUUGAUUCAAAUGCUGGACUUGUGUUCAGCGAAACCUAGAUGCCUUCCAGGAAUCAAUUUUUUAAAACUAUUAGCAGAAGAUGAAGAUGCAUUUGAUGUGCUUUACUGUAUAGCAUUUGCAAUGAUGGAUGCGCAAUGGCUGGCUAUGCACGCUUCAUAUAUGGAAUUCAAUGAUGUUUUGCAAGUAACAAGGCUGCAAUUGGAGAGAGAAUUGUCUUUAGAAGACAUAAACAGGAUGACUGAUCUACCAGCCUACAACCUUGUAUAGUUUCCUCUCCUGUCCGUAUGCUUGAGGAACAAAGUCAUCAGUCUCAUAUUUCAGCUGGGAGAUUGCGUUCUUGCUGCUUUAGGAUUUAGGAAUAAGAUAGCAGUAGACUGUUUAAUGCUGCAAGUAUAUAGAAGAUGAAGGGGAUGGAUUUAGGCUCCACAAAUACUGAGCUUUCAUCAGCAGGCAUUAUAUUUAUAUUUGUAUAUUAAAGUUCUUUUUGUGCUGCCCUGGUUCACCUCUUGACAUGACCAUUUCUUUUUCUUCAGUAGUUCAGUACCAACAACUUUCUAGUGCGCUGUUGGUUAAUUAAUUUUCUGGGCACAUCGGAAGAGGUAAAAUUGUAGCACACUAAAAAUGUUAUAUUUGAUAUAUUGUGACAUUUUAGCACCUAUGACAACAUUUUGCACAUGCAACAAAAGCUAUAAUUUGUUGUAGUGUAUGAGUGUAUCUCUCUCGCAAACUCAUAUAAAUGAUGACAUAUUUAUUUCUUC